CUGCUGGCCUCAAGCAGACCGCUGCUGGCCCGCAUGCGGGCGGUGACAGUACCACAUGCACAUCUCCACCCCGUGGCGCCUUCGACCAUGCAAGCGACGCCGGCACUCGCGAGGGGGAUGAAGGUCAGGUCGUCGGUGAAGAGGAUGUGCGAUGGGUGUGCGGUGGUCAGGAGGAAGGGCAGGAUAUACAUCAUCUGCUCAAAAAACCCGAGGCAUAAACAGGUGCGU